UAUAAAUACUUAAAAUGUUAUUUGUUAAGUGGGCGGAGUGUUUUGAUUAUUACAUUUUAAACAUGGCGACUAAGCUCAGCCGUUCGUUACUGUCAAAUUGGAAUAGUGGGGUUUUGAAGAUAAAAAUUUGUUGGUAUAAGUUUAUGACUUGCAAUAUCUUCUUAUGGUUGUAGUAGAAUUCUUCUAACACUAACCAUAUUUAGCUGUAUAUAGUGUUAGAAUUUUUGAGUUUUGUUGUUAAAAAUAAUUGUGACCUCGAGACAAGUGAAGCUGUGUUGGGGACCACAUGGGGACCACUUAGAUAGUGUGAGAUGUCUCUAUUUAAUUUUUAUCAGUAUUAUAUAGAAUCCUAUGUUUACCGUUGAUGUUUGUCACUGUUUCGGUACAAGACGCGUCUCAUUUUAGAAUUUAUUUGAGCUGUAUUUAAGACUUUUUAGGUGCGAUUUAGUUGACUAAAUUAAAUUAAUUUACGGUAUGAAGUUGGAAGAUUGAUACCGUCGAAAGGAUGGGGAGUCUUGCCGCUCCGCCAUGAGCGAGCUGCAGGCCACAGUGGAGUUCUCUGUGGAGCUCUACAAGUUCUACAACGUAGACCUUUUCCAGAGAGGGUUUUAUCAGGUGCGCACCUCCCUGAGGGUCUCUCCCAAGCUACCAGUCAAGGUGGAGGUGAACCUGCCCAGGAACCAGCGGACCGAGUUGGUGUUUCCUGCAUGCGUUGUUAAUGGCACGGGUGUGAGCAAGACUUUCCAGAUUUUAUACCGCAAUGAAGAAAUACUACUGGAUGAUGUAAUUAUGUUCCGUGCCCACAUUCUAGUGGAUAGUCACAAGAUAGAGGACACCCUGGAGCGAGCAGACUUCUCCCUGCUGGUGGAGCUGUGGUUCACGGACCAGAGCUUUGGGCCGGAGCAGCACAGCAGCAUAGCGUGCGUGUCGAGCCGGCUGCUGCAGCUGCACUUCUCGCCCACCAAGGGCCUGCACUACCACCUGCCCGUGCUGUUCGACUACUUCCACCUGGCGGCCGUCACGCUCACCAUCCACGCCAGCCUCGUGGCCCUGCACCAGCCCUACAUCAACACGCCCCGAAGCGCUAAGCCAUGGUUGGGCACGUCGCAGAAGUUGAACUUCAGACAGCCCCAGUCCACCAUGGAGACUGUGUUCUUUGGCAAUCUGAACAGCACCAAGUGCGUCAGCUCGGGGGCGCGGCUGGCGCACGCGCGCCACGUGCACCAGGAGGUGUGCAGCAUCCUGCUGGCCUCGUUCGAGACGCUGCAGGCCCGCCUGCAGGAGUACACCAAGCUGCUGCCGUCGUGGCAGCAGCUCCGGCCGGAGACUGCCGACUGCUUCCAGCGCUUCAGCAACCUCAGCGACCUGGCCAAGUUGAUCGAAGUGGAAGAAGAGUUUGUAGCGCUGGCGAACAGCGACAUUGCGCAGCUCUGUGCUGAGAACAUCUUGCUGUGGCAGCAGUUCCUGGAGGCCUUCAGCUGUAAGGAUCCCGUGCACCAGCACCUGGCCCGCCACCACCACCACCUCAGGGUGAGGCGCUUUGCUGAGGCUUUCUUCGUCCUGGACAACCCACGGCAGUCAGCAGCGGGCUGCUACGACGCCAACUACCAGAAUUACCUGGCGGUGUCGGAGAUGGUGCGGCGGUCUCGUUACCUGUCCUUGCUCCCUCCCCUGCCGGUGCAGUGUCCCGAGCUGGACGGGGACAUCGCGACCUUGCCGAUCAUAUUCGAGGACCAGUACCAGGACAUGGCGGAGUUCGCCCGUCGCCGCAGCGUUGCCGGCAGGAAGGCGGGAAGUGAUCCGUUCCUAAGUGCCACUGCCAAUGCUGCAGUGGAAGCCCGGACCAAUCUUCCCCAGCAGGAGGAUUGUAGUUGUGGCAUUGCAGCAAUUCUUGAAUCUCGCUCCCAAAAAGUAACAUCGUUCAACCGCAAGUCCUCUGUCUUAGGUAUGGUGGGAGUGAACGAGCUUCAUUUGAUGGGAGCAGGUGAUGUUCUUAAAGCAACUCUAACCCUAGCACCUCACAGAGAAAGGCGGCAUCCUUACAGCACAUCGUCUGCUACCAAUACGCUCGUUCUCCAUCACCGAGAAGUGGUGGGAGAUGGUCUUCGCAAGUCAUCUCUUCCUGCUCGUCACAGCAAGUCUUUGGAUCAGCUGAAGACUACAGACACAACCCCAACAAAUGUUCUUCCAUUUCCUACCUCAAAGCCCACUGUAAUCCCUAAUACAACGCUACCUCGAUGUUUACAGGCGCUUCCUGUUCCGCCUGUGUCUUCCUCAUCUGCCCCAAAUCCAUCGCUCGGGCCUCCCCUAAUGACCGACAUGAUGCGAUCAGCAUCCACUCAGCUCAGACGUGAGAAAAGCAUGGACUGUCUAAAGCCCAGCAUCGUUACAUCUCCCAGUAUUAUCACAACUCUUCCAGCUCCAUUCCCACAUGCAAUGCUUCCUCUACCUCUUCCUCUUGGACAGAAUCUGAACGAGAAACUCAAAAACAACUUGCGCCUGGAGCUGAAGGUGGCGAAUGGCAAUGGUACAGGAACAUCUCCUUCCACGGACUCCGGGGAUUCACUGGCCAUCGGCUAUCGUCGUCUUGAGCAAAGCACGAGCAUGCCCUUUAACCUGAGCGAAGCAAUCAACAGUAGCUCGUCCCUGACCACAACCAUGAAACACUCGCAGAGCACCCUUUCCAUGCCCAGUGUUGCCGUCCUUCAACGGGAAUGCCAGGAUUCAGAAUCUUCUCAGGCACUCCUUGCGAAUGCAAACAGCAGCGAGUCCAUGCCAAACCUGGUGUUACCCUUAUCACCACCACCGUCUUUGUUUUCCGAUAAGAGUCCAAAGCAGUCCCUUGUAGCGACGGAUGAAAUUUCCCUUGACCCACUGCUACCACUUCCGCCUGGCGAGCUCAGCAAAAUAGAGGUAGGUCUCUACAGCUCGGCCGAUCCAGCCCUUAUAUCCGUGGAGUCGAGCCUGGUCGAACCGUUGACAGUUGCCACCACCGUCACGGUAAAGUCGAAAAGUCACUCUCCGGGAAAGUCGCCUGCAGGACCAUCGCUGUCUUCCCCUCCCUCCUCCUCUCUCUCCGACAUCACCUCCGAACAGAGCGGCUGGGUGUCGAACUCGAGUCGUCGCACGUCGGGCGACAUGUCGAGUGGCCAGCUGAGCCCGGACUGCAGUGACUUUGGUGGGUUGCGACUCAGGGCGGACAAGAUGAACUCUUCCAAGCAACAGCGUGUGGUUAAUGGAGAGCAGUUGUGUGCCAAGCUGCAGAAACUGGUGGAGCCUCCCCCUCCCGAGAGUGUGCCUGUUAUUGACCACCCUUACGAGGAGUUGCGGCUCCCGCCACCUAAACAGUUUCGUGAUGCCCCACCCCCUCCGGAACCAUUUCAAGACUCUCCGCCCAAGUCACCUCCUGCGCCUAUUGACAAUCUGUUGUACCACGUGUAUGAAAGUGUGAAGGAAGUGAGUCGACCCAGUCCACGCGAUGAGACAUUUCCAGAUACAGAGAAGAGUACUCAAGGCACUCCGACGCAAGGUUCUUCCCACGAAGCAGCGAAGAAAACUCCAUCUCCCAAGGUGCAGUACUCAACGUGUCCCAGUUCCUCCCCAGCAGCGCGUAAUCGUGAGCUGUCGUGCGACUGUUACUCCCCCAAGGUCGGGGACGACCCGCUGCGACAGAAGCUGGAUCUCCCUGCCGCGGACAAUAACCUCAACUUUUUGAAGUCCAAGGAGGAAUUCAAGCGACAGAUGAACUUCACGGGCAUGAUAUAUAGCGAUUUCCCGACGCUAGCCUCCACGCUGCCGUACUUCCACAUCAGCGACGAGUAUCGGAUAUUCUCCCCUGAAGGCCUGCACCUCAUCGUGUGUGUCCACGGCCUGGAUGGUAACUCUGCCGACUUGCGGCUGGUCAAGACGUACCUGGAGCUGGGGCUGCCUGGGGCCAACCUGGAGUUCCUCAUGUCCGAGCGCAACCAGGUAGGCGACACGUUCUCCGACUUCGACACCAUGACGGACAAGCUGGUGGCGGAGAUCCUGUACCACAUCGAGGCCUGCGGCCUGAACCCCACCAAGAUCAGCUUCAUCGGCCACUCACUCGGCAACAUCAUCGUCCGGUCGGCCAUCACCCGGCCGCAAAUGAAGCACCUUCUCCCUCGCCUGCACACCUUCCUGUCUCUGUCGGGCCCACACCUCGGCACCCUCUACAACAACAGCGGGCUCGUCAACAUGGGAAUGUGGUUCAUGCAGAAAUGGAAGAAGUCGGGGUCCCUGCUCCAGUUGGCUCUGCGAGAUGCUGCGGACGUACGGCAAACGUUCCUGUAUCGUCUAAGUCAGCGUUCGAACCUCCAUCACUUCCGCAAUGUGCUCCUGUGCGGUUCGUCGCAGGAUCGCUACGUCCCUCUGCACUCCGCGCGGAUCGAGCUUUGCAAAGCUGCAGUGAAGGACAGUACUGUUCAGGGUUCAGCGUACCGGGAAAUGGUGCACAACAUCCUGUACCCGAUAAUCAACAAGCCGGAGAUGACGUUGGUGCGCUACGAUGUGCACCACGCCCUUCCCAACACGGCCAACUCCAUCAUCGGCAGGGCGGCACACAUCGCCGUGCUGGACUCGGAGCUGUUCAUCGAGAAGUUCCUGGUCGUGACGGGGCUCAAGUACUUCAGCAACAGUUGAAGCUUAAAAACAGGAAUUUUGUAUUAUUAUCUUACUCUGUAUGUGGAAGCCAGUUGAUAGCCCUGCUACAGUACUUAUCAAGAUUUUCUCGUGAUACAUUCUGUGAUACUGUGUUCACUGUUAUAGUCCCUUCUUUACUUUGCUCUCUGUGAUUGAAAAUGCCAUGUUGUAUGUGAACUCUCUGUGUAUUAUGUUUUCAUUACUAUAAUUUCAUGCAGAAGUUGUUGGGUAUCCCAACCAUUCUGUUGCAUCACAGACAGUGCCAUAAAUGAUUAUGAAAAUUAUUUAUGAUAGGAACAUCAGUAAAUGUACAGUAGUUGGUACUCUUGAAAAUAUUUAUCCGUGUGUGUCAUAUGACUAUUAAGUGUAUUGAAUUUGUAUAACAAACUUUUUUAUGUGCAUAUGUUGCCUAAUUAUAUGAAUUCAUUAUCAAAUCAAGCAGUUAAAUUAUUAUCUAGUAAGUUUGUGUUUCACUUGAAUGAUUAUUUAUAUUUUUGAUUAUUAGAAACGAGAAUGAAUAUCGUAAUGUUUGUAUUUUUAUUGCAUCAUGUGACUUUGAAGUGGCCUGAUGGACUCUAGAAUGUGACAUUGCAGCGUUUUCGUGCGUUUCUCCUCUUCCGACUGUCACCUACCUCCUUCGUCAUUCCGCAACAGUGGUCGCGUGUGCAACAAUCGAACUUGCAGCACAGAAUGCUCAUUAUAUCGCCGCUGUUGUUUAGUUAAUAGGUUCAUGUAUAAAAGAGAUUGUCAUGUAAGAACGUACAAAGUCAAUUGUUUUACUCACAUCAUUACUGAAUAGUUGCUAAAAAAAUUAUAAGAACAAUCUUUUUGUUGGUCUACAGUUUAUUAGGGUCACUGUGUGUUGGAGAGGCCCUGGCCAUGUGGUUCGGGCGUUUGACUCCCUCCAGUAUGAAGCCAACUAUUGCUCAGAAUUUCUUGGACGGAUAACUCUUCGGCGAACAGUCCACGGUUUGUUGUCGUUGUUUAUUGUUAGUCCAUCCACAUGACGCUUUGCUAAACUCACUUCAUGUGUGAUACAGCGUGCUGGAUGUGGUUUUCAUCAAAACAUUUUAAUAGAUAAUGUACAAAAUACCAUGAAAUUAUGUGUGUGUGGAUUACGUAAUUUGUAAAUUUUUUUAAAAACUGUAAACACUGUUAACUCUAUAUCCAUUAUUCAGAAAAUGAGUAUUUUCCUUUACAGUAACAAUAUAAUAUUGUUUUUAAUGCAGUUAUUAUGAAUGAUUUUCCAGACCUUCAAAUUGUUAAAUUGAAAUUAUGUUAAUUUCGGUUAGAUGUUGUGCAAAUUUAUUUUGUAUAGCAUUAGUGUACAAGUAAUAGUAUUGUAAUGGUUCAUAGUGUGUUUAUUUAAAGCAAUUUCAUGUUACGAAGGUAGUUUAUAAUUAAAUGAUCUGACUUGUAUUCCUUGUUCAUCCUUCAAUUAUUGAGGGAAGUGUGUUUGCAGUUCUGUAUGUCGUGUCAUCACUGAUGUGUCAGUUUGCCUGUGCACCAGCUCUUUCCUACUGUCGCGAGUCACGGCUGCACUCUGCCUGCCCCACACACUCUUCGUCUCGUGGCGUCAGUGCUCUGGGCGACAGCUAGUCUCAUGUAGUGUCUGUGUCAUGUAAGUUCUCUCAGUUAUGGCGACAUGCGAAUGUGAUGAUAUUACUACAGUGAAAAGUCAUUAACCCAGCACAUAGAGGACCACAGCUAUGCUGGAUUAUGUAACGUCAAUAUAUUUUAACUGGAAUACCAAAGGAAAAGUAACAUCAAGUACAUGGUAUUUAAAACAAGUUGGUUUAGGCUGCUCUUUAACAAGAAAAAAAAAUUGUCUUUUUAAAAAAAAAAACAUUAUGUUCAUGUACCCAUGAAAAGUGAAAUGAACCCUUCUAAAGAAAGGAAAGACUGUGCUGAAAUGAGAACCGACAGUAUGGAUAAACUGUGAGAAAACUAAAAACGUCAGCAGCGCAGUAAUGCUACCUGGUGACCAAGGUCAACAGCCGGAAUCCACCUGAAAAAAUCUGAAUACGUGGAGCUGGAGUGGUGCCGGAUUGUAGCAUGUGCCAAACCAUAGAAUGCUGGAUUAAAGACCUUUCGCUGUAGUAAAGAAGCUUAAGGUGAUGGAGCCUCCUAAAUCAUAGUGAGUUCAGAACACUUGGGUAACCACUCCAUGGGAUUGAUACUAUAGAGCAUCCCACUCUUAGUUUACAGCGUAAAGUAAAUGGGCGUUUUCUGUCUCUUUGAAACACACGCCGACUGGCGGUAGCCAUUAGCGCUGUCCUUGUUUCUUUGUGCCCUGUUGCCAUAUACUGUAUUAUACAAAAUUAAUUUUUUUUGGACAAAGCAAUUUUGCAUAUUGUAUAGCAUCGGAAUGUGCAUCAGGUGAUUGAUAUAUAUUCUGCAUAUUUAAUGGCAUUUUAAGGUGCCGAAAAAAUAAAUAAAUAAAAAAUAAAAAGUAACUUUCUCACUGUGAACUGUAUUUAAUUCAGAUUUUUUUUAGUAGAUUUAUGUUUUAGAACACCCCAAAUAAAUCUCAAGACAUAAAUACUUAUGUUUAAGUUUAUAAUUUUUUUUAAUCAAUGCAUUUCCUCAAAAAAUUACAUUACAAAAUUGAUCAGGAGCAAAUUUUUUGCUAAUAAAGUUAGAUGGGGGUUGAAAGCGUGAAACAUUUUCACAGUGAAUGGAAUUUGUUUUUAAAAGCAACACCAUGUUAGUUGUUCCAAGAUUUCAUGUUCGCAGCCAUGUGUCUUAUCAGCGCAAGAGCGUGCUGCAAUAGAGGGUUGUUCCAAAACUGCUUCGUAAGAUAAAAACAUGGCAGUGUGUUUGGGGAAGUGGGGCUCUGUCCUGCAAGCAAGUUCAAAGAUAAAGAAUUCCUGAGUUCAGCUAUUUCCUUCAACAAGCAUUUCUGGAUAUGACCCGCUGUGUCCGGUGACUCGUUAUGGUUACACUUUCGACGUGUUAUUUAUUCACAUAAGUUCUUUUAUUUUCAGCCUUUAUGUAAAUUACAUAAAUGUAAACUAUGGAAGGUUGAACACCAAAAAGAAAUUACAUUGGUAGGCUACGAGGGAGGGAGCAUAAGAUUGUGUUGAAAUUAUCUGAUUAUUUUUUUAAAAAAAACAUGAUUUUGAAACAUGGAAUUAAGGAAGCUUUGAUCAACUUUGAUCAGCAGUAGCGAUAGUGAUUUAUGUGUAAGUGCACACAUAAUGAAAUUUUGUGUGUUUAUAUAAUAUGGCUGGAGUGAAACUAAUUUUCUAGAAAUCAUCUCUUUUUUCAAUAAUUCAUGUUAUAACUGCACGAGGGACUAAAUGAGUGAAUGCAAAAGAAAAUCUAAAAUUGCUGCAUUAGUUACACUUUAGCUAAAUUCUUAGCUUGAAAAUCACUACAGAAUGCAUGCACAAUUUAAAAAUAAUUUUGUGAGUAAUGUACUAAAGUGCAAUUCAAAGUGUAUUUUUUUAUUUAAAUUAUUUUUUAUGUACUAAAAUAGUUAAUUUAGUACAGCAAGUGAUGCUAGUCACGCACUUUGAGGCUGAGAUACACAGAGUUAAAAAUAUAUGUGCACACAUAAUGUCUGUAAUAUAAUUUUAUUUUUAUUUUUUUUAAUUGUUGAGAUAUACUGUAACAUUAUAAUUAUUACAAGUAUAUUUGUUGUUCAUAUAAUUUUUCAAACAAUUUUUAUGUUGGUGUGUUGUGUGAUCAUUGGUGGUAUCAGUGAAAUGCUUUCCAUAGCUGAGAGGCAUAGGGUGGUAGUUGACGAUCAUAUAAGUUUAUUGGCGGAAAAGCUGAAAUAGAAAGAUAAUAUACUUUUAGGACUUAAUUAAAGAAUUUUCAGAAAAGAGAAAACUUACAUGAAAUGCACUUGCUGUGGAGAUCAUGUCAGUGAAAGACUGUUUGCUACACAAAUUUAAACAAUGUUUAACUUUGCAUUGUAUCAAAAUCACAAUCAUUAACAUUAAAGUAAAGGUGGCAGCAUGAAAAUAUUUUAUUUUCCCGAAAAAUUGUUUGUAAGAUGAAGUAGAUGGUGAAACAGGUAAUUUUAAAUUAGUAAAUGUAACUUCUUCAUCGUAUUGAACCCAUGUGUUCAUAUCCCAACAUGACUUAGUUAUGUGGUCUUUAUAAAUUAACAGUGUUAACAAAAAUGUUUGUGUGAGACAAAGUAUUUUUGCUGUGAUAAUUAAUUGCCAUAGAAAUACUCGCAAAGCAACACCACUCAAUACUUAAUAAUUUUUAUGAAUUUAAUAUUUUGGUAAUUUAUUUGUUUUUUAAUAGAAAUACUUUCAGCUUUUCCAAAAACAAUUCUCUAGUGAACCUGUAUAGACAUAGUUUUUUUUUUUGUUAUGCAUUCUAUUUUUUUCUAAAAAUAUGCUGUUUAAACCAGUACAGUGAAAAUCAUUGACUUACUUAUGGGUGUAAUUUUGAUUAAGCUCCAUAAAUUACAUUAUGGUCAGCAUUGCAAAAAUGAACUGUCUUGAAAUUUUAGAUUGUCACCAUCUGCAAAAUAUAUGUUAAGUAUGGAAUAACUUUCUCAGUUAAUUCAGGAACUGAUUUUACUAUGUAAUUUUGAAUAUGAAUGUAGGUCUCUCAUAUUUGAAAUUUGUGAGUUAUACUAUUUACAUUGUGUUGUGUAACUAAAUCAAAUGCUUUAAUUACAUUGUAAUUAAUGUACCCAAUGAUAAUGUUCAUAUAUUGUGUAAAUACAUAUUUCUUUUGUUUUAUAUGUAAUGGUAUGUAAUCUUUAUCUAGAAACAUCUUGAGAAUAGAAUUACAUCCUUACCUUUUAUUCAUUAAAUACUUGUACAGUAUUCACUAAUUUGUGUAAACAAAAUUGUAUUUUAGAUGUGACUCUAUCAAGUAACAUUUUGAAUGAAAACUAAUUGCACAUUUGCCUUUGAACCCCAGGCAUGGUAUAAGGUCAUUUGUUAUGAUGCAGCAAACUACGAUAAUAAUCUCGAAAUGUAAAGUUACACAUUGCAGUAACACUUAGGUACACCAAUCCCUCGCUUAUCACGACUAAUGUGUACCUAAAAAUGUUCGUGUUAUCUGAAAUUGCAUAUUCUGAAGCAUUGGUCUCCAUAAAUAGCAAGGCUAAUUUACUUAAUGUGUUCCAUAACGUGUACAGAAAUAUUCUUUAGGUAAUAUAUGUGCAUAGAAUAACACUCAGUGAUGAAUGUGUCACAUUAUUUAUCUACAUAAGCCAACCAUCGAAGACUUUGUAGGACAAAUACAACACAAACACCACAUAAUGGGAGUUAGUUAUCGUAGUCGGCUGGUUGACUUGCCUACUUGGGAGUGACCUUCAACUCACCAUCCUUUACUGGCAUUGAAACCGAUAUUACUGUCCGAAUAUUUACAUUUUAACUUUUCAAAAAUUAAAGUGCUUAUUUGUGUAUCACUGCUUGGUUCACACCAAUCCUAUCAGGCCUGUGAUUUUUAUUCUUCAUUGCACCAUUCAUUUAACAACCUUUUUCAUAUGAAUCAUCUGUUUAUUUCUGUCUCGGUAUCUAAAGACAUAAUAAUCCCACCUAGUACAACAAACAGCAUCAGACUUAUACAAACGGUUGAUAGUCCUGAUUUCAUACGAUUGUGCACACAGUUGACUUGCUUAAAACUAAAGUGUGACCAACAUAAGUGUGGCCUUCAUGACAUUCUGCACUCAAUAAUACUUCUAGUUUUGUCUCAAAUACUUGAACACGAUGCAUUAAACUCUCACUUGGAAGCUAUGAUGCCAACUGCAGGUAUUUGCGCACGUAAGUUACCAGCAGACAAAUGAGCAGACUUUGCUUUUGUUUGUUCUUGAGUUCCUUGCCACUGGCAAGACUGAAGUUCAUCACGGUCCGGUCUGUGACCGGGUGACAACAGUAUGGCACGACGGCACACGUGCGGACAUAAAAACAUUUGGUCCUUUACACUCCAUAGCGGCAAGUGAACUUGCCAUAACUGAUGUUUGUACAACAGCCAAUAGCGUAGUCAGACCUGUGCGUGCAUCUCGUCCCCCCUCCUAUGGCUAACUGUAUGCCACAGUACAUCUGUUUACAGAGUUGAAACAGACUUCAUGGCUUCAUGCCUGACUCUCUAUUUCCUGUGGCGAUUUCGUGCUAACUGAUAUUUACAGAUGUGCUAUUCAAGACUGGGACAGUUUUGAAUAGCAGUCUGAAGACAUGCUGAGUGAGGAAAUGGUGUACAUUAUCAACUAGAAAUUGAAGAUUCAUUGAUCCUGAAUCAGAUGUCCGAAUAAUUGUUUGCAUAGCUUUAUUUAUUUUUCUGCCUGUUAAGAAUAUACGGCAGGUUGGAUUAGGUCUGUUUCAUAAAUUUAAUUCUUGAACAAACUCGAGAUAUGUUCAGGAUGUUCAAGACUGAUCAGAGGUGAAUGAAUCUCAUGCUUCCCAUGAAUGGAAAAGGUUUUCUGAGCUAACUACCUGAUUACUAAUAUGUAUAUAAUGCAUGUUUUUAUAUUUUCCUGAGAUUCAACAGCAAAGAGUUUGAAAAGCAGGUAAGCAAAGUUUUACUGUAAAAAAAAUCGGCAAAGAAACUUAAGUCAGGUAAGAAGCUGAGCAUAUAUUAUAUUGAGCUUUGUAUCCUUCCCACACUCAAACUCAGUUCAAAAAUAUUAUUAUACUUUAUUUAAACAACAUAUUUAACUGAAACAAAAUUUAAAAACAAAAACUUAGUCAUUGGCAUGCAUAUAGAUGCUAGGCUAAGCUUGGUUUCAAUGCAGAAAUCUAACCUGUCGGCUGUAGAUUAUUAAGUGUGUAUAUGAAAAUAUGUUUUUAUUAUGAUGUAAAACACUGUAUUAAACUAAAAUCAUUCUAAUUCUUUGAUUUCACUCUCCACAAUUAUUUGGGGACAAUAGGCACAAGAAUGAGAGAUUAACAUCUUAAUAUUUUGUGAUUUCCCUGACAUUUUAAAUUUUCAUGAAUUUUCAGUUUACCACACUUGUACCAACCUUGCUGUCUAUUAGUCUUCAGGACAAUGUGACUACAUACUGCACCUGUAUACAUUAAUAAAUAAGGAUUUGUAGCAUGUUAGGUUCUGUAUUUCCUGCAAUAACAUCACAAGAACUAUUUUCCUGCAAUACAGUAAAAUUACAUGUACAGUAUAUCACAUAACCCCUACAUCACUACAGCACCGGGCUGGUGGUUAGAAACAGUUCUUAUUGUUACAAAAGUCGGUUAUUAUGCUGAGCUGCUAUGCCAGUAACACAUUUUUUUUUUUUUUAAACACUCCUUAAGAAACUUUUAAGUCUUGGCAUAAGCACUAUUAAUGUAAAUGAGCCUAAGUCUUGCAUUUUUUUUCCCUGAUCACACGUUUAACUUGAUGUUCAUCACUAGCACUUGAAUGACAUACAUCAUAUCAUUCCAAUAGAGUACAACAAAAAAUGCACUCUUCUGGUACACAUUAGGGUCACAAGUACAGUCUUCUGGCAUCAGUGUUAGCUAGAAAUGAGAAAACAAGGAAGGCACAACCAAUUGCAUAAUUUGCAUAGAAGUUAAAUGGCAUAGUAUCAGCCAAAAGUACAAAAACAUAAUCGGUACUUUUUCACAAAAACUUUUACAUAUUUUCAUAAAGCAAAUGAACCUCACCUUUGGAAAAGAAAAAUUGAAGGUCCUGUAUCAAUUAACAAAAAUUAUGGUUAAACUGAACUUUAAAAUAAGUAUACUAAUUUAUCCUGGUACACAACAAAUAUUUAACUGG